AGGAAAAAAGAAUAUCUCCUCCUCGUUUUCCCGACCUCAACUUUGUCGCCGCCGCCGCGUCGUCGUCGUCCUGCGCUGGGUGGCUGAGUUUCGGCGGGGAGGAGGAGAGGGGGCGAUGCCGGCGUGGUGGCCACGCAAGUCGAGGUCCAAGGCGAAGAGCGGCGGCUGCGGGGGCGGUGGUGGGAAGCCCGGGGCGGCGGUCGUCUCGGAGGCGUCGUCCCCGCGCAAGUCGGCCGACCUUGACCUCUCCGCGUCCCCCUCGCUGACCCCGCGGGGGAGGGAGAAGGCGCGGAGCCUCGACUCGCCUGGCGCGGCGCGGCAUGGGGGAGGCGGCGGCGGCGGCGGGGGCGGGGGGCUCGGGGAGGUCGGGUACAAGCUCCCCGUGCCCGUGGGUGACGCGGGGCCGGAGCCCGACCCUGCCGUGAGGUCUCCUCACGAGGAGAACGGCGUCGCCGGUGACGUCUCGUGGGAGGACUCGGCCGCGUCCUCGGUUGAUUCGUCGGACGAGGCGCCGGAUCAACACGCGUGUAGGUCUACGGAUCCGGUUACUGUCAUCAGGGGAAGAAAUAUGCUAUCUGACUCACAUAAGAUCUUAAAUGAAGAUAAUCAUUUCAUAUCUCAUAGCAUGUCACGUGAGCAUCACAAGUUCUUUGAGGUGCCUGUCACUAAUAUGGGAGAACUUCAUUUGCACACUGAUGAUCCUUCAACUAGUGAAACCAGUUGCUCACGUGGCAGAAUGUUGCCUGAGGAUUUUCUUGCUCCAAGAACAAGAAGCCUCUCACCUGGACCAAAAGGACAUACUUUUGCUGUAAAUAAUGUAAAUUCAAGGGAGUUUGGGUUUAGUCCAAGGUCACCAGUAAAAAUGAUGGAUGGAUUGAAGAGCCCACCUCAUCCUUUACCUCUUCCUCCAGCUCCUGCUGCUUGCUCGCCUCUUCCUCCAUCUCCUACUUCUUACUCACCUCACCCCCUAUCUCCUACUUGCUUGCAAUCAGAAUCACAGUGGAAAAAAGGGAAAUUGUUAGGGAGUGGUACAUUUGGCCAGGUUUACCUUGGAUUUAACAGUGAAAAUGGGCAGUUCUGUGCGAUUAAGGAGGUCCAAGUUAUUUCAGAUGAUCCACAUUCAAAAGAACGACUCAAGCAAUUAAAUCAGGAAAUAGAUAUGCUUAGGCAACUUUCACACCCAAACAUUGUGCAAUACUAUGGAAGUGAGAUGACUGAUGAUGCACUUUCAAUUUAUCUUGAGUAUGUUUCUGGGGGCUCAAUUCAUAAAUUACUUAGAGAGUAUGGUGCUUUUAAGGAACCUGUGAUCCGUAAUUACACUGGACAAAUUCUCUCUGGUCUUGCAUACUUGCAUGGGAGGAACACCGUCCACAGAGAUAUCAAAGGUGCUAACAUACUUGUUGGCCCUAAUGGUGAAGUCAAACUUGCUGACUUUGGCAUGGCUAAGCAUAUAUCAUCUUGUGCUCAAAUACGCUCUUUGAAAGGAAGUCCUUACUGGAUGGCUCCUGAGGUUAUAAUGAACGGUAGAGGUUACCAUCUACCAGUAGACAUUUGGAGUUUGGGGUGUACAAUAAUUGAAAUGGCAACGGCGUCACCUCCUUGGCAUCAAUACGAAGGGGUGGCUGCAUUAUUUAAGAUCGCAAACAGUAAAGAAGUACCUGAAAUCCCAGACAACUUUUCUGAGGAAGGAAAAAGUUUCUUGCAGCUGUGCUUGAGACGUGAUCCGGCAUCUCGCUCCACUGCAACUCAGUUGAUGGAUCACCCUUUUGUUCAAGACCAUCCAGCAGUAAGAGCUGCGAAAUCCAGUGCACUGAGAAAUGCGUUUUCUGCACCAGCAGAUGGGAGACAUACAGUGUCCAACAGGGAGUUCUUAUCAAGGAGAAGCGUCGCCCCUCUCAAGGAUCUAGGAGUGAGCGCGAGAAAUUUUACGGGAUUUUCCACGGCUGUUCCUUCGCCACACACCGCCAGCAGCCCCGUUUCCACCCUGAGAACGAACAUGUCUCUACCAGUGUCCCCAUGCUCAAGCCCGCUGCGGCAGUUCAAGCAAUCCAACUGGAGCUGCCUGCCAUCUCCACCCCACCCGACAUUUUCCCACGGCCCUGCUUCCCAUAAUCUGUCAAGCUACAUGUCGAGUGAGAUGAGGCGAAUCCCCACGAUCUCGGAUACCUGGCAGGAUAUCAGCCAGCUGAAGGUCCAGAGCCCUUACGGUUCCCCAAAGAGGUUCUGAGCGUCAAUCUGUGAAUGUUCAGCACACAGAAGCGUUCCCCUGACAAUCUUGGAUACAUUUUUAUGCUAUUAUGUCAGCAAACAUGUUGCAACUCAGCUUCGUGUUAGUACACCGAUCUGAUUUAUUGUACAGUAUAGAAAGGCUUCCCGAGGAAAGGGACUAUGACAGAAGGGAAAUUCUGUAUAUUGAAUCUGUGGGCGGUUGUCGCCUCCUCUUUGUACCUUGCAGUAUACCAUAUCGGUACAUAAAAUCGAACAGAAAAUACGGCCUGUAAAUUCGGUAGCUUGGAGAAGCUGAUGAUGAUGAUGUAGUAGUAGUUUAGUGCUACCUUGUCAAAUGUAAGGAUUUCUCCCUACUGCAACGAAGAUAGAUAUAUUCCACAGUUUACAAAA